CACCGGCCGCAAUUAUUUGUAUCGACAUUUCGUUUCGAUAAUUCUAGUUGCAAUUUUCUCAAUUCUCAAAUUAAAUACUUUAUAAUGUAAAAAUAUUAAUCCUGCUGUAAUCUCGAUUUUUCUCGGUUAUAGGACCUACAUCUGUGAUCUACAUCCAGCGAAAAUUUAGGAAAGAAGUAAAUAACUGUUGCUGCGUAGUAAAAUUCACUAUCAAUAAUUAGGCAGCAGUUAAUAUGAGUAAUAGAAGAGAAUCUUUUAAAAAAUCUUUGGGCAUAACGGCAUACCCUUGGAGUUCAGAUGAUGAUGAAGAUAAUCCAAUUGAACGUCGGGGCAAUCAAGCACCUCUUAUCGGGGGGCUACCAGUACCCGGGGGGUGUGUAGACAAUGGGAAUAUCCAAGAACCAUCACCAGUACGCAACCGAACAGAACCAUCACCAGUACGCAACCGAACAGAACCAUCAUCAGUACGCAACCGAACAGAACCAACUCUACUUUUUAAAAAAAAUGUAGGCCUUCAUAAUUUACUAGUAAACAGGCUUCCUGCCAACUAUGAACCUUCUGAAAAUGUAAGGGCAAAUAUGCAUAGAAUGAUAGCCAUAAGUGCUCUCAGAAGUAUGCGUCGUCCAAGUGAAACCGGGAGCACUUCACAACCAGGUCCAUCGGGCUCCCGACGUACAUAUGUAGCAGACGUGGUGGGACCAAGAAGGAUUUAUGCAAGGAAAAGAGGGAGUCGAGUACUUCCACCAAGAUCAAGUGUACCUACGCUGUUUUCCGGAACCACGUCGAGCAGUGUAUUUGCUAUGAUUCCACUGAGCACCUCCAUAGAUCGAUCAAUUGAUCACGGCCACAAUAAUGAUAAUCAAACGGAGAAUGAUCAGGAACAAAGACGGAGUGUCUCACCAGAACCCAGUGGAAGUGGAUCCAAUGAAAGCAAUGCUGUGGAAGAAACGGAGAAUGAUCAAGAACAAAGGCAGAGUGUCUCACCAGAACCCAGUGGGAGUGGAUCCAAUGAAAGCAGUGCUAUGGAAGAUGAACAAUCGCGUCGUUCAACUCCGACAACAGGCUCAAGAAGGCGGUGUGUUAAAACAAGAAGUGCGUCACAAACGGAGAAUGAUCAGGAACAAAGACAGAGUGUCUCACCAGAACCCAGUGGGAGUGGAUCCAAUGAAAGCAGUGCUAUGGAAGGUGAACAAUCGCGCCGUUCAGUUCCGACAACAGGCUCAAGAAGGCGGUUUAUUAAAACAAGAUGUGCAUCACAUUUUUCGCUGCCAUCAUUUGCAAGCUCACGAAAUGUUUAUCAAAGGAUUCCUCGAAGCACAACUUCCAGAAAUGAAGCAGUUGACGAAGUUCAGAUUGACGACGAUGAACAAGAAAAUGAUGAAGAACCAGAACGGAAUUUCUCACCAGUAGAAGAACUCGGCGGUUCCAAUGAACACAGAGCUAUUGAAGUGGAACCCACAGCUAGUGUAAAUCUUGAAGACGAGAUCGUCGAGAUUGAAGACGAAGAUGGAGUCAUCAACAUUAGUGAGCACGACACUGCUGAUGUGGCCACGCAAAUACCUGACAUCCCGCCGGACGGACAGCAGCAGCACACGCAGCGCAAUAAGAAGAAGAGAGAUGAUGAUGAUGACAUUAGAGAGUCCGCGUCUGUGAAGGACUUUAAUCAGAAACUGUUGCGCCUGUUGGAGUGCCCCGUGUGCCUGGAGUGGAUGGAAGCGCCGCUGCCGCAGUGCGAGCGAGGACACCUGCUGUGCCGCCGCUGCCGGGCGCGCCUGCCCUCGUGCCCGCUGUGCCGCACGCCCUUCUCCAGCGUGCGGAACCGGGCCAUGGAGGCGGUCGCCGAGCUGGUGCGCUACCCGUGCCGCCACGGCUGCGGGCGCGAGACCCGGCUGCGGCGCCACGCGGCGCACGAGGCCAACUGCCCGGCGCGCUGGUACCACUGCCCCGCCCACGCCUGCUCCGCCAGGGACCCGCUGCCGCUGCCGAGCCUGCGCGACCACUUCCUGCAAAAACAUCCGACAUGGAUAAAGGUCGGUCGUCCUCAGAAGAUGCACAUCAACUUGAUACCUGAACAAAACGAGACGUGGAUACUGAUGUGUCACGAAGAGUUAUUCCAUCUGAAGGUGGACGCCCACCAGCGUCAUGGCGUCGUCUUAACCGUCGCAUACAUCGGGCCCAUGUCGAAAGCCAAGAAGUUCAUUUAUGAGGUAACUGUAGUCGGGUUGCACAACUCAAGAAUGAUCGUGUACAGACGCAACGUGCACUCGGACCUCGAACUGUCGCAAGAUUGCGUGAGCCGGAAGGACUGCUUCCACCUGCCGCCCGAGCAGGCUCUCAACAUGAUGCGCAUCAAGAACCGGCCCAGCGAGCCGCACGGGUCGCUCCAGUUCACCGUGGACGUGACCCGCAGGGCGGCCGCCCCCGCUCCGCUGCCCUCCUGAUCGCAGUGCGUCGUGUACGUCAGCGAGGGCCGCGUGGUGCGCUGCGAGACCGCGCCGCUGCGGGACCAGUGACGUGUGCCUGUGGAGUGUGGACUUUGGGCUCGAAUCCUUUCCCGUCCUAGGGACAAGUUCGAAUUCUGGAAUAGUCACUGUCUGACUAUAUAUUCGUAGAGCCUAUUUUUACAAAAAACACAGAAUUAAAUUUUUGGUAGAGUUAACACAACUUCACAACAAUAAUAAAAACGUUCCAAACCACAAUCAUGUCGAGAUUGAGUUAAGAACCCAAAACUGGUCACGAGAUCAAUAACGGACUGACAAAAAAUGACAGUCCUACUAUCACUCUUUAAAUGACAUCAUGACUUAGUAGCCCAAUCCACAUGUAUGGAAUACACUAAUAUUUAUUUAACUUCCAAACAUGAAUGUGAUGUUUGUGACUUGGAACGUUUUUCAGGAACUACAUCCAAUUGUAUUGUUGGUUCACGUUCUAUUUUCGAAUAAGACUUGAUUGCUUUUUCAGCGCACUAUACCAUAAUUAAAAUCCUAAGAUUUUAGACGUUUCUGAUAAUGGCGGUAAAACGAUUUCCAAUAUGGUUAUAGGCCAUUUUCUCAUUUCUCCUCAUUUUGUACAAAUCUCUAAAUAAACCUAAAGAUUGUAAACAAUAACUUACGACUAACACAAAACAACUGAAAAUGAAAUUGCCAUUUCACACUUUUUUAGGUUUUGAUCAUUAGAUCAGAUCUUUUAUAGAUGUUUGUACAGUUUACUUACUAAACAAUUUGUUUACUUCCGUAAAUAUGUAAAGUGUAAUUAUAAUUAAACUAGCAAUUUUGGAAGACCAUGCGUCGCGGAAAUUUAUUCUUAAUCAUAAUUUGAGCUAUGUAGACUUCAAUUUACGUGACUACUAUAUAUAGGGCUUUUGAGCCCACGACUUCGCCUCGUGCCAACAACCUGAACUCAUAGGAAUGAAUAACAUUCUGUCCUUGGUGAGAACAUUCAGUAUCUUCAGAAUACCUUUAUUAAUAUUGUUAUACUUUAUUGCAUGGAGACAUAAUAAUUGGAAGUUGGAUAACCUUGAGACAGAUGAAAUUAACUCGCGGACCAUUAAUUUUGGCCUGCCUCGAAUAUACAUAAGCAUUUUAUUGCUACAAGUUGCCAUCUGAAUUACCAUUUAAAAAUUUGCUUGUGUACUGGGUUCAGAACAUAUAUAAAUUAAUGAUGAUAUGUCGAUGUACCCAAAAUGUUCUCUCACAUCACUCAGAAGUCAUGCUUGUUACUUCUCGAGUUUGAUUCCUGGUGAAUAAAGAAUUCCAAAUAUUUUUAACAUGUAUAUACUUUUGUGUCUAAUGUGUAUUUAUGUAUAUGUGCAGUUUUUAAUUAAUAUUUAUAAAACAAAUUCUGGUUAAGUAGCUUGUUAUUUUAGAGGGUGCAACGCUAAAAUAACCUAAAUCCUUACAAAUAGUGUUGAUUCAAUAAUUGUAUGAGGCUUUGCUUUUCGAAAAUCUAUUGAUGUUAGAGACUGGAGAUGUUCGAUGGAUCUGGAAUCGCACUCGUCUGUAUGUGGACAGUGCUUAAGAAUCUACUGAUUAUCUUGUGGAACACUUUGGGUGAAAUAUAUUUAUUGUGAUUUCACAUGUCUGGAAUACUUAGUUAUUUGUAGUAUUGGUGUAAUCAUACAUAAAAUAUAGUAUUUGUAGUAUAUUGUACUCUCAUGAGAAUUAUAUCUUAGGAAUAAGAUUUUGAUUAAAAUAUUGUAGAUUGAU